ACGAAUAUUUUGUAGUCAUCGACGACGUUAGUUAUACGAACCCUCCCCCACAGAAUUUUUUAUACUUUAAGGUAGCAAGCAAUCUUAUCAUGAUGUCUAAGGUUCGUGCACGUGUUUUCGUAUUCGCAAGAGAACAAACUUAAAAAUGUUGCUUGUAAAGUUAUACACAUCAUUUAACCCUUACGAUUUGUUAUAUAUGCUGGUCUUUAUGUUUAUAAAUUGAGAUUGUAUACUCUUUGAGGACUCACGGGUUCAAUAAUCAACUACUAAGACACUUCCAUUCAGAGCUCUUGUUGUGAAUGGAGAGCUAUACUAAUCAUGUCAAUAUCCAAAAUAAUUUCUAUUAAGUUUAAACACUGGUCCUAACAUAUUGUCUCAAACGUAAAUUAUAUCUCUUAUUUUAGCAACGUUAAGCGAUGCUUAUCGAAGCCAUGACUCGUCUGGAUCCUCGAGACUUCUUAUUCCUGAUUCAGUUAUCGGAUUGGUCGAUUUCCAAAUUAAUAGUUAUUAUUGACAUUUAGUGUUUUGUUCCAGUACCCCUAUCUACAAAGGCAUAUAUUUUCAAUCCACUGGUUGUGUUAUUUUAACUUCUACGGUUCAAAAUCCGCAAAGAAAAAGAUACGUUUUACUUUUGCCGCUUUACAAUCCCAUACUUCGAAGAGUAAGACGACGAUCGCUGUCGCUUUUAGAUGCGUUUUAUACAAUGCUUGUUGGACUUGAUAGUGCUUCAUUCCCUUUAUUGAUAUGAGUGUUUACCAUCAGGUUGUAUUGUAAGUUGCUUAACAUGAGCUUGUCCUUAGCUAAUCCUAGAUGUAUACUUCCGAAAUUUACUAGGGAUAUCGGCAAGACUGGAUUCUGUUAACUUUUCGAACGCAAUAAAACUUCUAAAAUCAAUGUCAGUAUUUUCAUCUCGCCUAUUCCCCCCAACUUUCUAAUUUCAAGAGUUAAAAGGCUUUUAGUUUUGAUAAACCCAAACUUUUAUUUGUGGAAUAGCUUAGAGUGACUACCAAGAUUUCACUUUCUUACCUAGAUGUAAUUCAGUAAAUAUGCCAGGUGCAACCUUCAGGAGCUCAGAUUUCUCCUCCACGACGUAUCGGUUUGGGGAAUGUUUUAAUCUUUACAUCAACUAAUGUCACUUUUACGCAUUGUUUUCUACAUAUUUGUUUUGAUUGUCUCCAGAAUUAAAAAACCUCAGUUUAAAUGGGAACCAGAAACGUAGCAAUUAUAUAUCAUGGGAUGAAUAUUUCAUGUCUAUAGCACUAUUGUCCGCUAUGCGCAGUAAAGACCCUUCGACUCAAGUUGGCGCUUGCAUAGUUAACCAAGAAAAGAAAAUUGUUGGAAUAGGAUAUAAUGGAAUGCCCAACGGUAUUUUAGAUGAUGAUGUCCCUUGGGGAAAAGGAUCAACAAAUGAACUUGAAAAUAAGUAUCUUUAUGUUUGUCAUGCAGAGUUGAACGCCGUACUGAAUCGUAAUGAAGCUCAUUCUGGAGGUUGCACACUAUUCACAACAAUGUUCCCAUGUAAUGAAUGUGCUAAAGUUAUUAUACAGGCUGGAAUUAAAGAAGUGGUGUAUUAUUCGGAUAAGAAGAAUGGAACGGAAUCUAAUCAAGCAGCUAAAUAUUUAUUUAAUAAAGCUGGUGUCAGCAUAAGAAAAUUCACUCCAACGAAUCGAACUAUCAAUAUUAAUCUUAAUUAACUGAGGAUCCUAAUACAAAAAAGCGGAUAACUUACAAUCGACUAUGUAUCCACUGAAUUUGCACUGGACUGUUAGUUUUUGUAAUCAUAUUAUAGUUUAAUUCAAUAAAUACAGAUCAAUUGAGUAUUUA